GUAAAUUAAUAUAAAACGAACACAAAACAAAUAUUAGUGCUAUAUUUACAUAUGUAUAUAUGUUGUUUUUGUAUUGACGUAGAUUUCUGUUAGAGAAAGAGAAAAAUAGUACGGCAGUUUUAUACUAAAAGCGGACAAAGAUAGAAAUAGAUAAAGAAAAAGAGAAGUAGACGUUGAGAGAGGGAGUGAGUGUGUGAGAGUGCGUGAGUAGGGGUAAGAGUAGAGUUGUAAAGGUGUUGCAGCGACCACCUCACUUGCAAGUCGAGCGACAUGUUUGUCUGACUAUGGCUGCCCGUCGAGAGACAUUGAUUGCAAUUUUGGUCUACAUUUGGCCAAGUUGACCAUGUCUCAGCGAAACAAGCAGCUACAGCAAAAGCAGAAAGACAGCCAGAGCACAACCAUAAACGAAAAGACAGGGUGAGAGAUAGCUAUAGACAUAAGAGACAUAUUAUAAAAGAGAAAGAAAAAAAAGGCUACGACUAGAGAGAGAGGAAAAAAAAGGAGAGAGAAAAACCACAGAUGAAAACAUGUUCCCCUCGUCCGGGUAUUUCCGUGGUUUAGACUGCCCUUUUUAUGCCAGUGGCCUGUGUGAGAGACCUUACUGCCACUAUAAACAUUCGAAGCAACCACCAACGGAUAAAGAUUCUUCUUGGAUUGGAAAGAACGUUAGCAGUCAGCGUUUCUGUAAUGUUGCUGAAGAACCAAAAGUUGUUGAUAUUGAGAAACAGAAGAAGAGCCUGGUUGCCAAUGAACUGGAACGGUCGAAAAACUUGAAGAACCAAUUUGCAGAGAGCAACCCCAUUGUAAAGGAUUUGAGCAAGUUGUAUGUGUACAACCCACAAGCCAGCAUCCCGGGGUUGUACGAGAGCUCCACUGAUGGUAAUACAGAUGGUAAAUACAAAAAUUAUGCCAAGUAUUGUGUUAAUGGCACCCCUGCCUAUCAACCGACCUGUGAUAAACGGCCAAAGGAAACUCCUUAUGAUGUGUUUGCACAGAGCAAAAAAAAAGAGAAAGUGAAGGAGUACAGUUGCGAUGGUGCCGUGAACUCCGCUCCUGAGUACAACCCUACUCCGAUUAGCAAGCUGAAGCGAAUGCAGAAGUACUCUUCGCAGUCCAACACACAUUCCGUUCUUGAGUAUGAUCCUGUCAGUAAUUUCGAAGCUGGUUUUGGUAAUAAGACAUAUCUAAAUUUGGACAAUCCUUACAUAGCCACCACUAACAACAAGGUUCAAGCGCCAAGCAAAGACCAGGUUUACAAACCGAGCAGUGUGCGUCCGUUGGCCUCAGACGAGGAAGAUGAAGAUCACGAGCUUGUAAUUGAUGCCAAGUUUAGCGACGACAGUGAAGAUGGUGUGGUUGACACGACCAUUUACCUGUCAGACGAACAACACAGUGAUAACGAAUCUGAAAGUAGAACUACAACAGGAGUUGUUAAGUCCUCAUUGUACAAAAGCAGCAACAGCAUUAACCCCACCGACAUUCGAUCAAACCAACCAGUUCACAACCAAACCCCGAAACACACCUCAUCUGUCUCCCACAAAAGCAUCAACUCCAACAAAACCAGUUCAGAUUCUUCCCACUCAAAAACCAGCAAAAGUAGCAAGGGCUCUGUCGAUCUCUCUGCCAACCAAUCGAAGGAUGAGAAGAAGAAAUCAGAGUCAAGUAGCAGUGGUAGUAGUAAUAGCAGUAGUAGUAAUAGUAGUAGUAAAAGUAAGCUGGAGAAAAAGAAAAGUUCUGAUGAUAAAUCUGCCAAAGAGAAAAAGAAGGCGGAGAGUGGCAGCAAAUCAUCUGAAAAGAAAGCAACCAACAGUUCUGAUUCGAAUGGCAGCUCUUCUUUGAAAGAGACAAGCUGCAGUAAGAAAGAGAAGAAAGAUGUUCAUUUGAAGGAGAAGCAUGUUGGUGAGAAGAUGAAGAAGCCUAAAGACCAUCAUAGCUUAAAUAGCAAGAAUUGUCAGAGUGGGGAACAGAUUGAGAAGGAGAAAGAUCGACACAAAGGAGAGGUGGAGAAGGUGGGUAAUGUGAAAGUGAAAUUAAAAGAAGGACGGUGUGAGGAGGUCCGGCGGAGCAACUCCCUAUCAUCAUCAUCAUUAUUAUCAUCAUCAUCAUCAUCAUCAUCAACAUUGUCUGUUAAGAAAGGGAAUGAGCCAGAACGAAGAAAAAGUGAUCCCUUGUAUAAAAGUGAUUCCUCAAAGCAUGAGUUUAAUGCAGAUCAGAAGAAGGAGCAUGUAAGGCGUAAGAGUGAGUCAGAGAAGAAGAGCGAUGGCAAGAGCCACCAGUUGGAAUUGGUGAAACGAAAGAGUGAGUCGGAAAUGAGAAAAACAGAACAUGAGCGGAGAAAAGAAACGUCCUUGCAUAAAACUGAUGCUGAUUUGAAGCGGAAAGAGGAUAAGAAAAUUGUACAAAACCAUAAUACAACAGAGAAGAAUCGUGUUGAGAAGAUAAAACCAAAAAAAGAAGUUAAUGUCGAGAAGUCUUGUGAUAAAGAAAAACUGAAAAAACUGAAAUCCAAAACUUUGGAAAUCAACAAAAAAUCGGUCAGUCAAACAUCUGUGAAGACAGAGGGUGUACAUAGUAGCUCCCCAGAAAAGUCCAAAAAGAGGGUCCUCUCAGGAGAAAAAUCUCUUGAAUCAAAUAAAAAGAGACAUUGUAGUGAAAAACAUCUUUCUUCAUCAUCUGAUGAGAACCAUUCUUCAAAGAAAAUUUUCACCUCAGAUAUGGCCUCUAAAUCUAUAAAAAGGAAAGCCCCAAUAGAAGGACAGUCUAAAAGCUCAUCUAUUUUCUCAUCAUCUUCAUCUAACUGCAAACUGCCUUUAAAAAAACCGAAAAAUAGCUAUUCAGUGAGUAUUUAUGACCUGUUUGGCAAGGACAGUGAUGAGGAGGAGGAGGGUAGCAGCAAUACGUUAAACCAAUCGGCUGGGGAUGAAAGCACUGGUCUGUCGGACGAUGAUGAGUUAAAUGUGAUUUUUGGUGACACAGACCUUUCUGAGAAUGAUCCAUAUGAAGAAUGUUUGAAGAUUUUUAAUGAAUCCAAUAAUGAAAAAAGACAAUCAAAUCCAAUAAAGAAUGAAAAAAAGAAAAGGGAAGUGGUGCGGCCUCCUCCAUCCAUGGACGAUGGUAAGAAGAGAGUUGCACAUGCAGCAGCAGCCAACAGACAGUGUAAUGACAAGCUAAAAAAGUUAGUCCGGCCAGUAAUAGCCAAACCAAGCCCUGCUCAAGUCAUGCAGAAUCGUAUUCUAGAAAUGCAGAAACGGUCAGCAAAUCCUAUGCUACGCAAAGACAAACCAGUCAUUGGAAAGUCUCUCUUGAAGAAAGUGGUAUUACCAAAGCUGCAGUUGAAACUUCCAGACAUGUCUAUGCCAGAGAGUUGCAAUAUUAAUGUCUUUCGCACCGUGGCUGGUACAGCUGCCAAGACACAAAGCAGAGUGGCACAUGUUCCUAAAAAGGAGGUGCUCAAGAGACCAACCAUCACACCAGAUUCCAGCAGUAAAGUUCCAGUGGCCAUCAGGCAGCGUUAUCUGAAUCUGAUCAUUGAUGAGUAUGUGAAACUCAUUGAUUCAGAAUGGGAAGCCAUGAAAAAGGGAGAAGAAGAAGAGAAAGAUGUUUAUCGUAGCUGCAAUACCAAAGUUGGUUAUUUAAACAAAGCCAUUCACCUCAUCAAACGGUUGCGCAGUGGCUGUCUUGGCACACUCAAGAAGCUGCUGCCAUCCACUAACCCGCCACCAGCACCUUGCAAAGAGACAAAGAAAUUAGAACAUCAACUCACAGGUCUUGCCCUUUACGAAAGAGUAAAACAGUAUAUUUUGACGGAGGAGGAGUUAAGAGAGAACCACUUUCCACGACCCGAAGGAUUGGGACGUUCCAAAUAUUAUAUAUCAGAUGUCACCAAAGAACCUUACCUGCCCAGCGAUGAGAGGUUUUGUUGCCGUUGUGGAAAAACAUACCGAGUUACAAGCAGCGGAAGAGCAGCUGUGGAAGACGAGUGUCUUUACCAUUGGGCAAAACCUGUUCGAAGACGAUAUGGAAAUACUAUUGAAACUCGAUACAGGUGCUGCCAAGCUGAGGUUGGAUCAACAGGCUGUGAAGUGGGUGGGACUCAUGUCCAUCACAAAAAUAAAUUCGAUGGUUCCUCUGGCUACAUGAUCACCCCAGACAGAGAAAUGCCUCCUGAAGGUCCAGGUGUGUUUGCCAUGGACUGUGAAAUGCUCUACACCACAGCUGGUAUGGAAGUUGCACGGGUGACAGUCGUAGAUUCAGAAUGUAAUGUUGUCUAUGAAACUUUGGUGAAACCUGACCAUGAAAUUCUUGAUUACAACACACGCUUCAGUGGGAUCACAGAAGAAGAUAUGAAGGGUGUGGCGACCAAACUGAUUCAUGUCCAGGCGGUUCUACUCCACUAUUUCUCAUCACAAGCCAUAUUAGUUGGUCACAGUCUGGAGAACGAUUUAAUGUCCGUCAAGCUAAUCCACAGUUGUGUUGUUGACACAUCAGUCUUAUACCCCCAUAGGGCUGGCAGACCUCUGAAGAGGGCCCUGAAAAAUUUGACACAUGACUACCUGAAUACAACCAUCCAAGAAGGAAUUGAUGGACAUGACAGCCAAGAAGAUGCUAUUGCCGCCAUGAGGCUGGUGCAUUACAAAAUCCAACAAGAUGGAAACAAAUAUCGCUCAUGACACAAUAAUCAUAAUAAUAACAAUAAUCAUAAUAAUAACAAUAAUAAUAAUAAUAUUACACAGAUAUUAUAAACGAUUAAAAGAUAACAUGCAACAGACUGCUAAGUCUGUGGAACAAA